AUGGCCGUCGGCCAACGCCGUUCUGGAAGUCGGGUUUCGGCUAACACGGGGCCGCUGCAGAUUCGGUGUUCCCGCACCUUUCCAUGCGGCAAUUGCUCCGCAGCUUCGGCCAAGUGCGAGUUCCGUGAGAGUGAUUACAAGCGGCCGCCGGUGUCACGUGAAUAUGUCACCGCACUGGAGUCCCGCAUCGCGUCCCUGGAAGGAUUUUUAGCCCGGCUCAAGGAGGCAAACAACGAUGAGAGAAAUCAGAUUCUGGAUGAGGUCGAGAUAAAAGACUAUGUUCCGUCUUUCUCAGGUCUGCCGUUGGAGGAUGAGACCACAUUGAGCGAAGCGUUGAUGAAGGCCUCCUUGCAGGAGACGGUGGAUGGCUCGAUGAUUUAUCAUGGACCUACGAGCAUUUUCCAAAAUGAUAUCCGUGAUGCGAACGCCAGUACAUCCACCAGCUCACGGCCGUCUCCUUUCCAGGGUGACAGAAGCAGCCUGACUACGCAGACAAUGCGCCUGUGUCUCGGUCUCUUUUUCUACUGGCAGUACCCGCUGUUCAUGUUCAUCGACAGGGAGGCGUUUGUGGCGGAGUUUGAGGAUAAUCCUAUCGACGGAGAUUUCUGCUCAAUCCCCCUCAUCUACGCAGCAGCAGCGAUUGGGGCUCUGAUGUCAAAGGAUCUGAAUAUCAGGGGCCGGGCACAGACUUUUGCCGAGAUUGCACAGCAUAUUUUGACAACCGAAGGUCUCAACGCACCCAGGCCAACUUCGGUGCAGGCACUCCUAUGCUGUGGAUACUAUGAGAUUGGACAAGGAAACAUAUCCAGAGGAUGGAUGUUUGCAGGAAUGGCCUUCAGGAUGGGACAAGACAUUGGGUUUCAACGAGAUCCGAAACAUUGGGACUCAGAAGAAAAGCCCAAGUCCUUAUCACCGUUUCCAUUCGAUAAUGAAUUCCGUCGGCGCAUAUACUGGGGCUGUUUCUUAGCGGAUAAAAUUUUCAGCCUGUUUCUGGGACGUCCACCCUUCAUGUAUGAGAACGAUGCUGACGUCAACCUGAGUGAGCCUCUGCCUCAUGACCCGCCGGUCUGGGAAAACUGGCUCUUCUCACACGACCUCGGGUUUCUCAAAACUGUCCGACCAGCCGGCCCGAAAUUGACUUUAUUGUUCAACCAGCAAAUCGAAUUGGCUCGCAUCAUACAUGACAUGCUCUCGACGACCUUUGCGCCUAAGAAGAAGAACGAUUCUCAUGCCAGGAGAUGGACUGAGGUGUCGCUUAACAAGCUGAAUGCCCGGCUGGUUGCAUGGCAUGAGGCGCUACCAACGAAUAUGAGAUGGAAGAAGUGGUUUACGAACAAGGAUAACCUGCAGCCCAACGUGGCUAUUUUGCAGUAA